CACCCCGACAUUGAGCUGGUGUUGAACCCAGUUUAAACUUAAACAAACAGGAUCACACUCAGACCCCUCUGGGACCAGACAUUCCUCUGAACUGGCUCUGACGGAGCAGACAACCUGAAUAGUUACUGUCAAUGGAAACUAUGAAAAAUUCUUUAAAAGUUGGAUUUUAAACACUGAAACAACCAGAGAUAUCUAAUCCUCCAACAGGACCAGAAACUACACUGAACCAGGUCCGAUACUCCGACCACCAAACUCAGCUUUAACCAGGAACCAGAACCAGGAUUAGUCUUUUCUUUACCAGGACCAGGAUCUUUAUAAAAGGUCUAUAGUAGUCUGAAUGUGACUCUUUGACCAGAACUGAUCUGAUUCUGGUCUUAGUCCUGAUCCAUCUUGAGAGAGACUCAGAGAGACGAACAAUCUGAUCAAACCCUCUGAUUAAACAGAAACUAUGAACACCAGACUGGGCGGAGCAGCAGGACGAGGAGGAAGAGGAGGGAGGGAGUUCUUCAUCAGCGCUCACCGCUGCCCUGAAGUGGACCUGCUGCCUUAUCACGAGUCUGAGACACAAAUCCCUCCGCCGUGUUCACUAGUUCCUGCUGAGAGGAGCGCCUGUACUGGUCAGUCUGAGGCGGAUUACCUGGACGUCUCCUCCACCCGCCGCUCCCAGGAGGAGGAAGAGGAGGAGGAAGGGGAGGAGGAGGAGGGGAGUAUGAGCGAGUGGUCGGAGGAGGAUCUGUCCCUCCAUUUCUCUCCCUCCGUCAUCCUCCCAUCAGACGACGAAGACUCAGACGCAGAGAGCGGCUUCGAGUGUGUCGACGUUACCGUGGAAACGCAGGUGAAAUGUCAGGAUGGGGAGGGGCUUAAGAUGGUCCCAAAACGACAGAUUCAACUGAAGAAGAAAGACGCAGUGAGCGUCGUUGAGCAGGAGAAAACUGAGAAAUUCCAGGUGACACUUAGAGAUGGGCCUGCUGAAGGGGGAGAUGCUGACAGUGAGCUGUCAGCCAAUGAGCUGCUCUGUCCUACCAUCCGUCACCGCCCUGAUCUGUUGCUACGGCAACACAGUAUGCCCGCCUCCCUUCACACACGCUCAACGACGAGCGGUGAUGUCGACAGCCACAGGGUCUACAAAGGUCUGGUCGCAGGGGCCAGUAAAGGGCUUCAUGUUGGAGGAAACUCGAGGCAGCGACUGCAGAAGUCCUUCUCAUUGGACGAAACUAAAACUAAGAUGGCGUCCUGCAUCAUUAAGAGCGUUCUGUCUAAGAAGAUGCAGGUGGAGCAGAACAACUCUAAAAGCUCCCGUCUGCAGAAGAAAGCUGCUGGGUUCCCCGCCCCCCCCCAGCCUGCAGACCAGCAAAGGGGGAGGGAGGGGGGAGGAGGGAAGACAGGUGGAGGUGUGUUUAAAGCUCCAGUUCAUGUGGUGAGAGACAUGAGGAGUUUAGUUAAAAACACCUACAGCCUCUCGUUCUCCACAGCAACACAUGACAACAACAAGCCAGCACGCUUGAAGGUGAUUGGUCAGGAGGUCAGCCCUCCCCCCACCUACCAGCAGGCUUUGGGGGUCAAAGGUCACAACGAAACAAAGAGGAGCUGUCAGGCUUCACUUUACAGCAGCUCCGGAGGGGGACACGUCCCCAAGGUCAAUGCAUCUCUCAGCCAAUCACAGGACAGAAAACAGAGUAACAUAUUCAGUCGUCCAAUCACAAAGCAGAGGCGAGGCAGCGAGCCGACAAUAAGUAGAAGAAAGAUGGAUGAUGUCACCCGGCCUGUCAUGUUGCUAGACCCGCCCACCAACUCACCUCUCAGCAGUGACCUGUCAGAGCUCAACCAGUCAGAGAGAGCCAGAGGAGUGAGUCAUCAGGCUGGGACCUCCCUCCUCCCUCCUCCCCCCUCCACCUCCAGGCACCCUCAGGGGACCCAGCCUCUGCUCCCUGCCCAGGAACAGAGCUCCAUCCUGGGUGUGUCCUCUCAGUUUGCCCCCGGUUCCUCCCAGCAGCUCCUCCAGCCCUGCUUCUACACCCCCACCCUGCACCCUCACCUGGGGAAGGUCAGCUACCUGCACAGCCAUUUGAGCUACAUUCAUACCCCCUCCACAUCUGCUCCCACCUUCCACCUGCUGAGGAGGUCUGAGGAGAACCAAAGCAGGUCGACAGGAAACCCCUCCGUCCAGCCAGACAUCAUCAAAACCUGCCCUCCUCACCGGACCAGGACCGCAGGAGACCAGGAGAGUGACGGCAACACGGUGACACCUGCACCACAGGAGCAACAUGAGCAACAGAAACCUCAGCAGCCGCCGUUUCUGUGCAACUUUCAGGGUUACUUACCUUCACAGGUGGGUAGUGACAUUGUUGACCUCACAGGUUCUGUUGCAGUCCGCUUCAGCGGCACAGCCCCCUUUCACGUGAGGUUAGACCCUAAAAGUGGGCGGUGCUUCUAUGUGGACACACCCCCGCAGCCUCAGAGGAAGAUGCUGCUGGAUCCAGAAACCGGUCAGUACAUCCAGGUGUUCCUACCUGUAGCCAGCUCCUCCUCCAACACCUGCAUGUUCCCAGUGCACUAUGCGAACCCCGCCCCCACUUUGAUAAGCCCCGCCCCCACUGUCAUGUCAGUGAUGCAGUUUCAGCCAAUGGUUGCCGCAUCCUCCAUGUAUGCCCCCCCCUGCCUCCCCUUCACCCUGCACACACCAUCAGUCAACCACACCCAUACAGCGCCAUGAUGACAUCACGGUCUGUACGAGGACCUGCCGUGUUUGUCUGCAACCAGAACAUUUUUAAUUCAGCAAACCAAGUCCGAGUAAAGUGGAGUUAGCCACAGCUGGAACAUCCUCCUCUUUAAUUGGGUGUGAAGGCUGCCUAUGUUAUUGCAAACCUUUAUUAUUUCAUAUUUAUUCUUCUGUCACGUUUUUUUGUCCGCUACCUAGUCCCACAGCUUUUGAACUGAACAAACACAGACAGACAGACAGAGACCUCAAAACAUGGAGCUUUAAGCUUUACUGCAUUGGAGAACAUGCGUAUGCGUAACUGUGAGUUAUGCACACACACACAUUAAAGGAGACUUAUUAGGCUUCUUAUAUUUUCUGUCCUAUGUAUAAUGUUUCAGUGUCAGAUGUUGAUGUUAAACGUGGCCAAAGCUCUACUCUUAGCUCUUAAUGAUGUCAUACAGAGUUGGUUUUCCAUAUAUGCUAAUUUUCUUGCAGCCUCAAUAACAACGGGCAACUCGUACACUGAAAAGAAUCAUAGACCCAUUUAGUCAUGUCAACUUACUUCUUCUUUUUAACUCAAAUAGCUCCGACAAGUUUUGGAUUUUGAACUCAACUGUAUGAGUUUUAGAAAGUUAAACUUGCAUUAAUUCAUUGUGUUGACUAUUUGACACUUUUGUCGUGUUGACUGAACUUACGUAUGUAAGUUAUCAGUUGAAAAAAGGCGAGAGUAUGAGGAUUGCCUAGGUGCUGCGUCUUUUGAGUUUGAGAAAAACACAUACACAAUCAACUAAUUAGUAGGGUUUAGCAAGUACUUGGUUAAAACGAGUAUCCGGUACAGAUACUUUCUAUGAGUAUCAUUAGAGUAAAAUGUGUCAAUAUCUUUUUUGUUAUAAACUAUAAAUAUAUGAAUAUAAAAAAAUCAAUUACUGUUCUCUGAAGAUCAAUUCUGAGGCUGUUCUGUAAAUGUUUUUUCUAAUAAAUAUAGCAAGUUCUGAUAAAAAUUUCAGGCUUAAAUAACUUCCAGUUAAUACCACCCACUUAUAGAUUAAGCCCCACCACUUCUGAGUACAGAUACAGAAAAUUUGGUGUUCAUGCUCACCCCUGCUAAUUAUACACUGCAGAUAAGUCAUAUAUUCAAAUUCCAACCAAAAUAUAGACACUUCUGUGGUAAACAAGACUAGUGCCACCGGUGGAAAGGGUUCCAGACAACGGCCUAAGGCCCUUUCAGAAAGGAGGUGACAUCUGCUGCUAUUUUGAACUUUGACUACAACGUGCACAGGCGCACCAGCAAGCUGCCUGCCCCGUCACAAGUCAUUGAAGAUAAUAGCACAGUGGUGCUGUUGUUGUGGUCUGUCUUCAAGGCCAUUUAAAGAUGUAAACUUGAAAUGGAAAGUAGUAUUAAUUUGGUUAAGUUGCUUUAACUUGAAACUAUGAGUUAGAAUAACUCAAACUUGUUCAUUUAACUAACAUUGGGACAACUAGAACACUGUAGUUAUAUCCACUUUAUGAACUUAAAUUUAUGAGUUGAAACAGGCUGAAAUGAGAGCUUGCAUGAAGUUUAGAAAUCCAGUUUAGCAACAGCCAGCAUUCACACCUAGUCUAGUCUCUUCUUAUUAUUACUCUUAUUGUGGAAGUCUCCACUCCAUCUGACAGCAGAAGUAUCUCAGUGAUCAUAACUUGACUCUUAUUGUGAAAAACUUGCAUGUAUUUAGUACAGCAGAGUUUUGUCACAGCAGCAUCUUGUGGACGUUUAACGGACUGCAGGAAAUGAUCAAUAAACUUGUUACAGUGCUUUCAGUAAUAUCAGUUGUAAUAAAAGAAGAACUUUAUUUAAAAUCUCCUUGAAUUUUCCUUGAUAAAGAUGAUAUCUGAUGGAUCAAUACUGUCCACAGAGUGUCAGGUCAUCGUACAGAAAUUAUUCCAAAUCCUGAUUCAGAAAUAUCGAUAAGCUAAAUUAAUUUAUAUGUAUAAAAAUUUGAUACUUCAGAUUUGGUAUUUGAUAAUAAAUUAUUUCCGCAGUGGAUCCAAAAUAGAACCAGCUAUUGUUACCCGAGCCUCUGCUCAGUGUGAGGAAGUUAAAUUUCUUACAAGAAGUUUAAUAAUUUACUUUAAAAAAAUAAUUAAAGAAGAGGUAUUCUAUUCAUUUUCAGGUUCCUCAUCUUAUUAAGAGGUUGUUUCAGCACAGGUUUCCAUGGUUAUAUAUUUGUCCUACUGCACAUUGCUGCAGCUCCUCUUUUCAGCCUGUGUUGAAGGCUUCGUUUUAGCUAUGGAGUGAUACAUCUUGUCUCUAAAUGAUCUUUGUUGGGAGUUGCACAUGCUCAGUUCCUAA